GCACUUGCCACUUGCCUUGCCUAUGGCUCAUUCAGUUUUUCAAAUACAGAGUGUCAGUGUGAACGUCAAUUGUGUUGUCAUUUUGAAUACCUACCCAUUAAAUGUGAAUAUUUCUAAUAUAAAAUUUAAAAUUGAACACAAUCGAAACAGUUUUAGUUCUGUUUUGUUUCCAUAUCAAAUAAUACCAGGAACAUGAGUGAAAAUAAGGAAGAUAAAAAGCAAAUUCGCGUGUGGUGUGAUGGAUGUUACGACAUGGUCCACUUUGGUCAUGCCAAUUCACUAAGACAAGCCAAAGCUCUCGGUGACGUCUUAAUAGUGGGUGUACACACAGACGAGGAAAUUUCAAAACACAAGGGUCCACCGGUGUUUACUCAGGAGGAGAGAUACAAAAUGGUUCGUGCAAUAAAAUGGGUGGACCAAGUGGUGGAGGGAGCACCCUACGUCACAACGUUAGAGACAUUAGACAAAUACCAGUGUGAUUUUUGUGUGCAUGGAGAUGACAUCACAGUUACAGCAGACGGAAUUGACACAUAUCAUUUAGUCAAGGAGGCAGGCAGAUACAAAGAAGUGAUGCGGACCGCCGGCGUGUCGACCACAGAUCUGGUUGGGAGGAUGUUGCUACUGACACGGGAGCAUUUCAAGUUACUUCACGAACGUGGAAAAUGCGAGACGAAAAAGAAACUUUUAUCUAUCAUCUCAAAUGGAACCACGUUGAAUAAGAGAGGUGACAAAGAGUACACAGUUGCACUGGAGCACUCGUCAAAUCUCGGCACCGAUUCCACCGCUCGGUCGCCUUACACAGGGUGCUCGCAGUUCUUGCCCACCACACAGAAGAUCAUACAGUUCAGCAGUGGGCUCUCACCUAAACCUUCGGACAGAGUGGUUUACGUAGCGGGGGCGUUCGAUCUCUUCCACGUGGGGCACUUAGACUUCCUGGAGGCGGCGCACGCGCAGGGCGAUUUCCUGAUCGUGGGUCUACACACUGACCUGGAAGUGAACCGGUACAAGGGCUCCAACUACCCCAUCAUGAACCUCCACGAGCGGGUGCUGUCUGUACUUGCUUGCAAGUAUGUCCAUGAGGUAGUGAUUGGCGCGCCGUACAGUGUGACAGCUGAUCUCAUGGAGCACUUCAAGGUGCAGGUGGUGUGCCAUGGGGUCACGCCCAUACCGCGCGACGCCGACGGCUCGGACCCCUACCAAGUGCCCAAACAACGAGGCUGCUUUAAGGCAUUGAAUUCUGGCAACACCAUGACCACAGAGGAUAUAGUACAGCGAAUAAUUCGCCACAGACUAGAAUUCGAAGAGCGGAAUACGCGCAAAGAGCAAAAGGAACGGAUCGUUUUGAAAGCGCUACAGAAGGAGCAUAUCAAACAAAAUGGCAACUGUGAAGGUGUCAAAGGGUACGCGGCUUAGUCGAUUUUUUUUUAAAUAAUAUAAAACCACAGACUUAUGGAAAAAGAUGGAUGGACCUCGCAAAAAAAAAAAGUGUUCAUUGAAUUAAAUAAACCCAGUCGGUCUGUGUUUUAAACAUAAUAUAAAAUAAUCCAGGAUCUGGGGAACAUUUUUACAAUCAACUCAAAAUCAAAUGAAAACUUUAAAGCAUAUGUUCCUUGAAUAUCUUUGUCUUGGUGAGAUUUUUCCCCAACUUUUUUCUUCACAAAAAAUCUCGAUAGCACUACAGAGAUAAGAGCAUAAACAAAAUGUGUGUAUCAUUCUUACUGGUUUAAUACAUACAUGAAUAAGUAAGUCAUAAUCUCUUAGAAUUACUUUGUGGUAUGUUAUUGAUAGAGCUAGCCAUUGACCUCUUAUAAUAAAAGGAUGUAGAAAAUUUCACUUAGAACUGGCCAAUUUUGCUUUGACAGUUUUAGAAAUAUUAGUAAAGAAAAUUAUACCUAAAGGCCUUUAAAUAUAAUCCAAUCCAAUAAUUUUAUUCAAUAAAAUCUCAAAUUCAGAGCAAAAUCAACUUUUAAUUUUUUUUUUUUUAUAUAUAAAAUUUAGCAAAAUUAAGGUUUAAUUUUAAGGUUGAAUUUGCAAAUGCGACUAUUUGAAUUGAGUGAAAUUGUGCUUGGCACUCAUUGAGUGGGGAUGUUUUUUGGUUGCUGAUUGGGCAUCCACUAAAAAGUGAAUACAUCCAUCCAUCGAUCUCCUAUUAAAAAAUAGGAUAUCAAUGGAUCUAGCACAAAAUAUUUUUGGUAAAGGAGUUGGGCUUCUUAUUAAGAUGAAUGUACUCACGGAAAAUUAACUUCAAUCAAUUGUAAAUCUGUUCUCCGGAUCUCAGACUAAUAGCCUGACGAGAAAUAUAAACUCCUUGUCUGGGGUCGCCACAGACUUGCAUUACAACCUUAGUAUGCUAGUAAGAAAUUAAGCAAGAUGGCGUGGUUUUCUCUGGUCAGGUUAUAAUUACAAUUUUUCGUCUUAUCAUGAUAUAGUACAUGUUUGUCGUAAAUGUUAUUUAUAAAUAUUAUUGUGAAUAUUGUGUAUUGUUGUCGUGUCAUUGAGACUUUACUGUUACAUAGAAUAGAUUAUUUCCGGAUAUUCGGAUACUCUGGCACUAUUAGUCGUUAAGGCUUGUUCACAUUGUUCUAGUAACUGGACUCUGUUGUUUCGUUUGUAUUAACUUCGUAACAAAUAUCAUUUAAUAUAUUAUUCAGGUAAUUUUUAAACUAAAUACAGACAGAAAAACAUUGAUGUUAUUUUUUGAAUGGUUAGAUUGCAAUGCUAUUGGAAUAAUGUGAUCUAGCUAUAAAGUAGUUUAAAGUGAUUUCUAUUAUAAACAAUGGUGCUUAUUCGGCGGUAUAGUAACAUUUUAACUAAAGCAUUUUUAUUUACUCUGAGGGUACACUUAUCACAUCACAUCACACAUCCUACUAAUGUGUCUGCUUGAGACAAAGUUGUUAUAGUGUCAAUCAAAUAUCCCAUACCUUUCAAACUGAAAUAGCGGUUUCCCAGUAGGCUUAACAUUCAACCAACGAUUUAUUUUGUGAGAUAAAUAUACAAAUAUAAAGUAAGAGACUGGGAGUACACAGCUGCCAUUGGUCGACAUUUCUUUAUUUAUUUUCAUGAGAUAUGUCGUUAGUUGUUUACUAGGCCUACCAAUGAGUAGACGAGAGCUCUACUAAUCUCAGACGCAUAUAAAAAAGAAUGUUCUUUUAACAAUGUUGACUCUUAAUAUGUUUAUUUAUUAAAAUGCAACCGAAUUUGCACCUAUUGUAUUAAUAAUAAAUAAUGGCAAUCAUAAUUUUAAUAGUCAAAAUGUAAUAUUAUUAAUAUCGUGAAAUAAAUGUGUAGAUAAAUUUCUUAUAAAUCACUCAUUUAUUCAUUCAUACAAUGUAAUAUGUAUUGUCAUAUAUUACAUGUGAAAUAGCCGUAAAUAUAAUUAAGCGUACCAGGCUGGCCUGGUGAUUUAGUUGCUUAGUUAACAUUGACGAGUUAGGAUGGACGGGUCGGCAAAGUGGUAUUCACAUAUCGUCCCCGUUCCAUAUGCAGCGACCUUUGAUGUAAUCUCAAAAUUCAAAAUUCAUUUAUUUCAAGUAGGCUCAGUUUACAAGCACUUUUGAUACGUCAGAUGACUAUUUGUAAAGAUUCUACCACCGGUUCGGAAGGCAGAUUCUGCUGAGAAGAAACCGGCAAGAAACUCAACAGUUGCUCUUUUAAAAAAUAUCAUACAAUAUACAAAUUCAUGACAACGUUACAAUUUCUGAUAGUUUUAUUUCCUGUGUGAAGGUGGAAGCUGCUCCAACGGCCUCCAAGCAUCUUUAUUAUUACUGAUGGUGUAGUAACCUCGACAGAGUAAAUGUUUUUAAACACAUUGCUUAAAGCUACGCAUUGGCAGGCAUCUCUCUCCCUAGUCCUAGUCAUAUCAUAACAGGGGCCUUACCACAAGCUCUUAAAUCCGUAGCGAUUCCAUAAUGUUUCGACUACCAUUAAGGUUAUUGCAGGAUUGUUUGGUAUAGCGAUUUUGGACGUCACCAACUAUUUGAUUCACUCACUUAGAUAACAUUACUUACGCCCUUGAAUAAGAUGAUUUUGUAAAAGGUUGUGGUGAGUCCCCAUGCAAACAUUCCAAAAACAAUAUUAUUCUAGCCUCAGGGAAGUUUCAGGGCCUUUAUAAGAACUCAACUGGUAGGCACAGUAGGUAGCAAGUAACAUAAUUAAUCGGCGCUGCGAUGUUGAAAUUUCAGUUUAAGGGUUUCUGUUGUGUCAUUUGAUGAUAUUUGGUCAUUCAUUGUUAAAGUGGAGCAAAUAUUUUUUUCUUAAUUGUACUAGCCAAAUUUCAUUGAUGUUUGUUACUUCUGUUAAUGGAUAAUAAACCGUUAACCAAUUCAUAAACAUAUUAUUAUGCAAAAACAUGUUUAAUAAAAACAAUAUACAUAGAGAUAAUUUAUUUUUACAAUGAACGACAUAUUAUUAUAUUAAGUUUUUUUGAAAUCGUUGUUGACGAUGUGUUAUGUGCUGUGCUUUCCUAGAUGUGCAAUUGAUAUGAAAGCCCAUUUACAAUAGCAUAGGUGUUCGUCGACCACGUGUAGUAAAGUAUGCGACAAACUUCGAUUCCGAUCUGAUAUUGCAACACGCUAAACUGCACAACUAUUAUAUUGUGGGAAGGUGGAGGGAACUAGGCCACGCGGAAGGUCACCCAUGCAAUGGACCGACCAGAUUAAAUCUGCUGUAGGCGGUCCCUUGCAUGAAUGUACGCGACUCACUACACAAAGGGAGAAGUGGCGAAUGCUCGUGAGGCGUAUUACAUCUGCCUCCAACACGUCCUAAAGACCACGACCGCUCUGUCAAGAGCGCAGCGACAAAGAAGAAGAAGAUUAUAUUGUAGCCCCGAUGGGAUGUACAUAACCUGGCUUAUGUUCUGAGAGGCUUCGAAAUUUGACGCAUAUUAAAUGUGGCGCAUGAAUUGCGUUGUGACGUAACACUUUGCAGAUCUAAAAUGCAACCGACGCCAUGCCACGUAAAGACAAAAUGUCGAAUGAGCGGCGGCUCUCUUUCGGCGUCCUAUCGCAACGAACGAGAGAGCGAUAUUUCCAAUUCCGCUGUAUCAAAAAUCAACGCACGAACCCUCAGACUAAUUGCAUAAGGACCUGCCUCGCUAGAGGCUACUGUUCUGCCAAAGUGUAUGAUCAACGAUGUAAUGCGAUUAUAUAUAGUGUCUAGAAUCGAUGUUUCAUAGUUGUAAUCGUUUUCGUCGGUUAAAGAGCUCCUAAAAAUACCUGUUUGUGUAGUUGAAUUGAAUGAUCUAACAAAACGAUCAACAACUACCUGAUCUGAGCCCAUUUUUCUCAAAAAAUGACACAAUUUUGUUUGUGAUGUUGAGUGCGAUACUAGUCCUUAUGCCCUUACUCUGAGCACGAGCCACAUGUGUAGAUUUCAUCUUCCUCACUCAUAUCAAUAUAUUUCAAUACAUGUAGUGGAAUAUUGCGCUUAUUCAACGUAAUAGAUAUCCGUAUAAUGCCGUUUGUCGCUUUGUUCUGCCUAACGUGAAUAUGCAACAAGUUGUUGCCUUCUUCAUUUUCAAAUUCUAAAGUUAGCUAGCUAGCUGUAGAGAGUUUUCAGAGCUUUUUAAGCAUGUACCUAAAAUGGCAGUUGUUCAGAUCUCACAGUACAACCUGUCAACAGUGAAGGAGUGCUUUCUGAUUCCAGUUCGUGUAGGAGCACUAUUAUCUUUGUAAUAAUAAGUCAUAUUGUCGGCGUUGGUUCGUCGCUAUUGGUUGACAUGUCAUGGGUCGAAUGUUAGGCCAACUGAACAGGCGUCGCGUGGCCAGUCGCAAUGAACACCUAUGCUGAAGAGACUCCUUUGGACAGGCUGUAGGAUAAACACAUUGUAAGUUACGAGUACAAUUAUCACAUCCUCAUAUUUAAGCAUCACAUUACAUGAGAAAAGUUAAUAAUAUUAAAAAAAUUACUCAUACAUCACAUAACAUAAUGAAAAUUAAAAUAUUUUGACGUAUACAUACUAAAAGUUAAAAUGAUAAUGAAAGUUAAAAUUAAAAUAUUUUGACUUGAACAUAUUUAAAAUAAAAAAAUUUGAACAAUCCCCGACAGUAAAUAAUAUUUAUAGAAAUACCCCAUUUUUGGCUUAAUCCAUUUUUAUUGUAUAGCUAAAAACUUUGCCCCAAAAUCAAUUUUUAAUUAAAAAAACCGUGUCUAAAUCGAUACAUCCGAUGUCAUAAAUAGAUUAACAUACACCGUACAUUACUCAUGGCACUUACAAAACUCCUCUUUUGCGUCGGGGUUUAAUAUAACAUAAUUUAACGUGAAUUUUAUCAAAAAAAUAAAUUUAAAAUAACUAUGUAAAUAAUAUUAAUAUAAUCAAAACGAAAAACGAAUAAUAAAAAAUAAUAAUAUUCAAAGAUUCAUGACUUUGCAAAUAGUUUAUUUAUAUGUAGUUUAUAGAUUUUUGAAGCCAUGUAAAUCUUGAAUAUUGUUUGACCCAAUUCUUAUUCAUUUAUUUAUUUGAUUAUUUUUGUGAAAUUCUUGUACAGUUACAUACUUAAAACAAACAAUAUAUGUAUAUGUAUUAUGUAUAGUUAAUUUAAAUUCUUGUAUUUAAAUGCAUUUCAUAGACAUUAUAAUUUUCAUUCCAAAAUAGAUGCAGCUAUCAUUCAAAUUUUUUAAUAAUUACAAGUAAUUUAGUAUUUUCUAAUUUUCUUAUCAUUAUUAUUUUGUAAUUUCUGUAUUCUUUUUGUUUUAUACUAGCGGACGCCCGCGACUUCGUCCGCGUAAAUUUCGAUGUCAACUUUACUACUACCCCUACCCUACCCUACCCCUACCCUACCCUACCCCUACCCUACCCUACCCCUACCCUACCCUACCCCUACCCUACCACUACCCCAACCCCAACCCUACCCUACCACUACAUCUACCCUACCCCUUCCCUACCCCUACCUCCCACCCUACCCCUACCCUACCCCAAACCUACUCCUACCCUACCCCUACCUUACCUACACCCUACCCCCAUCCUACCCCUACCCUCCCCGUACCCUAUCCUUUCCUACCCCUAUCACACCCGUACCCCUAUCUCACGCCUAUCCUACCCCUACCCUACCACUUCCCUAUCCUACCCGUACCUCUACCCUACCACUACCCUACCUCUACCCCUACCCUAAACCCGGCCCUAAACCUACACUACCCCUACGCUUCCCUACCCGUACCCUACCCUACCCUGUAACUUCUCUAUCUUACUCCUACCCUUAGCAAAAUCGGUCCAGUCCUUCGAGAGUAGUGGUAUGACCAAGAGCAAUAGAGACUUCUAUGCUAAUAAUAUAAAGAGGUAAAGUUCGUGUGGACUACUGGACCGAUUUGGAAAAUUGUUUUACCAAUAGAAAGCUACGUUAUUUGCGAGUGUCAUAGGCUAUGUUUGAUCCCCAUAUUCACAUAGGAACGGGAACUACGUAAAUGAAAGCGCCGGGCGUCAUAUAGCGGAAUUUCUGCGUCUUUUAGAAAUUUUGUAUUAUCUCCGAAAAUAUUUAAGUAAUUAACAUACUGUAAAGGGCAAAUCUUAUCUCCAUAAUAUCCUUGUGAUUAUUAAAUAAUUUAUUUUAAUAAGGAUUAAAGUUUAGUAGUAUAAAUAAUGACGUAAACCUAAGUAUAUAAAAUUAAUAAUUUUUAAAACACAAAAGGUACUAUAUCUGCUAAUAUAUAGAAGAUAGAUAUAUGGUGUCGCGGACUUUUUUGUAGAACUUUUAAAGAUACAUAAAGUCUCCAUACAUUAAUUUCAAUUUUACACAAUAGUUAAGGCAACGCAUGCGAAUAAGUCUGUUUAAGAGGAUUUUCAGUCCGACCUGUAUGACAAAAACUGUGAUAACUCGGCUAAUAUAUAUGAUACCAAUAUAAAAUAUAGCCUAUAGCACUCCCCGAUAAUGUAGCAUUCUACUGGUGAAAGAAUUUUUAAAAUCGGACCAGUAGUUCCGAAGAUUACCCCAUUUAAAAAAUGUGACAAACUUACAAACUUUACCUCUUUAUAAUAUUAGUAUAGAUAUAGAUUUAAAAAUUUAACAGUCUCAUUAUUUUUACUGUAUAAAAACCAUGUUUGUUGAAACUUAAAUGUCUAUAAAUUAUUCUCAGCAUUAUUAAACAUUUACAAAAUUGUAUAAUAGGUAGUUGUUUAAUUUUGUGUACAAAGUUUACGUAUUUUUUUUAUUUAUUUUAGAAAUUAUUAUAUUUACCCUGUGAAUCAAAUAAAUAAUAAAUAAUAUGUAAUAGUUUUGUGCGUUAAAAUAUACCUAAUAUAAUAAAUUAUGAUUGUAAAGAUGAAAA